AUGAGCCUCGAGUUCCUCCAACGACCGAACAGUGACGCAGCUGCAGCUCCUGUUCCUGUUGCUUCUACACCAGAACCUCAAGUCAACACCACCACUGCUCCCAUUCCCGUCCCCGAACCCACUCCUGCUGCCUCUACCCAAGAGCCAGUAACUACCCAAGAACCCAGCCCUUCUCAAGAGCCCGACAUCGCUACCGAAGAGCCCGCACCUGCACCCGCACCUCCCGCUACUAUGUCUUACGCAUCUGUCGCCGCCAGUGGGCCUCAGCAGUCCGACGAGGAGCACACUGACGACGACGUGCACGAGCUCAUCGACGUCGACAGCCCUCACAUUUCAUCUGUGCCNUCCGACUUCCAAUCGCAAGAGAUCCAGACCGAGACCCAGGCCGAGCGUGAACGUCUUGAGUCUGAGGCUCGUGAGAAGGCUCAGCAGGCCGAGAAUGAGGCCAAAGAGUUGAAGGAGAAGGCUAAGCAGAAGGCACAGAAGGCCACCGAGAAGGCCAAGGCCAACAGUGACAACCCCGUCAUCCUUGGUAACACCGUCGCUGUUGUCGCUCUUGGUGGUCUCCUCGGUUUCGGUGCCUACAGAAAGUACACUGCCGGCGAGCUCACCUGGAAGGUCGCAGGAGCUUGGGCAGGUAUCGUUGGUGUCUUCGCCCUUGGUGACUACUACGCCAGCAAAUUCCUUUUCAAGAAGUACCCUCCCAAGAACUAA